AAGACAAGCGGACACAGUUAAACUAACGCUACUGUGAGAUUAAUCAGAGCAACUUUUUACUUGUUGUUGAAUGUCAGCGCUGUACCUUUAAAAACAAACCGUUCCCUGUUCGUAGUCCCAACUGACGACCGGUGGCCACGUACGGCCGCGCGCUCCAACGGUUAUCCCACGGUUUGGCCGUUAACCGUUGACUACUUUUACCGGUUAAACGUCGCGACAUUAACGACACAUUAGUUUUAUUUUAACUGCUUUCACUUUCUAGACAAGAAGUGGACUGUGGGAGUGGGAGGGGGGGUAAAGUUUUGAAUGAAGGUCCCCCGCUGGGACUGUAAAGCGGGAGGAGGGGGCAGUUUGCGGGGUCGUCCGGGCUAUCGGAUCUGGGAUCUGCUCACAUUUAUAACCAGACAGACGGCGGCUUGUUCGGGGUAGAGCUGAGCGGGACGGACGGGCAGGCUCACCGAGAGGGGGACGCGGAGUUUUAAACUUUUAAUCAUUUACCCGGACUAUAAAAAGAAGAAGUGGAAAGUUUGGAAUAACAGAAAAGUUUUGUUUUUUUUAUAUCCCUGGGUCUGGACCCCGGUCUCCUGUCAGGACUACGAGCUGCUGGACUGUAAGCUACUCAUUCACUCUGGAAGUAUCACUCUUUUACGGAUUGUGAUUCAGACUUUAGCCUUUAAAUAUAAACUUCUAACUUUACUUCAUUGAAGCAGACACGUAAAGUCGAUAUGGAUAAGUACGAGGAUUUAGGACUCGAGGCGAGUAAGUUUAUCGAGGACCUGAACAUGUAUGAAGCAUCCAGGGAUGGUUUAUUUCGGACGCGGAGGGAUGCGGGAAAUAACCCCGACUUUGAAGAGACGAGAAAAGUUUUUGCCUCUAAAAUGACUAAAAUACACAUGCAGAAACACCAAGAGGAGAUGGCAAAAAACAACCAGGCCAUAAAAAUGAAUGGGGGCCACAACAGCACGCAUUACACCAAGGACAGACCACCCAUCAAUAGCUACAGACAGCCGGGUGAAGCGGCGGCGAAGCCCCCGAUACUCUCUGGCCCUGUGCCGGGCACCACGGCUGGGAAUCAGUACGCACCGUUUGACGGCCAGAAACACACAGGCAUUCAGUCUGAACUUCCAGCCGGCAGGGCAUAUGGCUACGGAAACAAUUACGAUAAUAAGGAGCGCUUAGAGCCACAUUCAUACCAGCACACCGCCCCUACUCUCCCCAGCCCAGGAAACGCGUCUCAUAGCGCGCCUGCACAUGCUCGCCACCCUGUCACCCAGCCGGCUGCUUGGGCCCCAUCCAGUGAGAACCAGCUUCCCCCAUCUCUGCCUGGGUCUGUGAGCAGCAGUGCAUCUCAGCAGCAACCCCAGUACCCACCUGCGUCCCCCACCGCCAACAGUCUUCCACCUCAGCAGAAUCAGGCUGUCACCCCGUCUGUAAACCGUAGUCCCCCCUCCUCUGCUGGUCCAGCCAGGGGAUGGGCUGGAGAGCCCUCUGGCUCAGCGAAACCAGACCUCAUCCCUGCCCUGCCUCUGAGUGCCUUCACAGGAGGAGCUGACCUCCGCACGCAGCAGCCCUCACAGUCUGCGGCCCAUUACACACCACCUUCUCCCACCUCAAGACCCUCUACCAACCAUAAUGGUCCCAUGUCAGCUUCCUCGCUUCUACCCGCACCUUCUGAGACACCUCAACCGAAAGCCCAGGUGAAAUCUGCUGCCCAGAUCCCUGGCACUGUAUCCAAAAGCAGCAGCCAGGUUCAAGGUCAGAGCCAAUUACCCAGCUGUGGACAGGCCUCCAGAGCUGAAGCUGAAGUCCCAUGCUCCUCCAAGCCUGUCCAACUACUCUGCCAGUCUCUCCUCACGCAACCUCCUGAACAGGGGCCUUCAGCAGCCGAAAUGAAAUUAGAGGCCCUAACUAAACGGCUGGAAAAAGAGAUGGAUGCCCAACCAAAAGCUGACUACUUUGGAGUCUGCGUUAAGUGCAACAAGGCGGUGUAUGGAGCCAACCAGGCCUGCCAAGCUAUGGGUAGUCUCUACCAUGACAGCUGCUUCACCUGCAGUGCCUGUAGUCGAAGGCUGAGAGGGAAGGCGUUCUACUAUGUCGGAGGGAAGGUUUUCUGUGAAGAGGACUUUCUGUACUCCGGUUUCCAGCAGUCUGCCGACAAGUGCAACGCAUGUGGACAUCUGAUCAUGGACAUGAUCCUGCAGGCUCUCGGGAAGUCGUACCACCCCGGCUGUUUCCGCUGUGUCAUCUGUAAUGAGAGCCUUGAUGGAGUGCCCUUCACUGUGGACACUGAAAAUAAGAUCUACUGUCUCAAAGACUACCACAGGGUCCUGGCGCCUAAAUGUGCAGCCUGUAACCAGCCCAUCCUGCCUUCAGAGGGGUCUGAUGAAACCAUUCGAGUUGUAUCUAUGGACAAAGACUAUCAUGUGGAAUGCUAUCACUGCGAGGAAUGUAAGAUGGAGCUAAACGACGAGGAGGGUCACCGCUGCUACCCUCUGAAUGGCCACCUUCUCUGCCACUCCUGCCAUCUGAAGAACAUUGAGCCAGGCUCCUCUUCCAUUGCCACUGCUGCCUCCUACUAACACUACUGUAGGGGGAGGGAGACACCUGGUGCAUAUAUGGAGGAACUGCCAAAGAGUGACUGACAGGAGUGGAUAUGCACAAUUCUUGUUGUAGAGGAUUGAUUAAUGCAGUGCAUCAGAUCAUACUGUGGUUUGAUAUGUCUUUUCACAGGAAUGUUGAUGAAGUUUCCAUUAUGUCUAAAGAGGUUUUGACCCAUUAAUGAAGUAUUGUAGUACACCAAAGCUCUACUUUGAAUGCAGAGAAGCAUUGUGCUAUACUGGCUGCAUACUGACUUGGCAGAUGUUGCCAUAUGAUAUCUUUUAAAUGUAAAUAUCAGUUGCAUUGGCUGUGUAAAUAUCACACUUCUGCUCAGUUCAGAAAUUGAUCCAUAAAUCAUCCGUCUAAAGGUUUCUAAUAAGGGUUUUCGCAGAAUGUGCUAGAUGCCUAUUGUGCCUUCACAUCAGUUUCUACAUGCAAUAACAACAGCUGGUGUUUAUUUACAUAGAAAUUAACAAAUUGGUGUUCAACAUUAUUUGACAAAGUCAAAGCAUAACAGUAAUUCCUUCUUUCCUCAGUUUUUAACCAGUGUUACCACUGAGUAGAAAGUGUUCCUUCUUUUCCAGCUGAUAACCAGAGCCAUCAUUGUUGUUCAUAAUAUUCAAAUUCCAGUAUGCAAUAAAUUAUAUAAAAUAAUACACAACAAAUAUGAACACAACCAUUCCAUAGAAAUGCUAAACAAUGCCAUUAUCCUCGAGGUUGCUAUGUUAAUGUGCUUAGGGCUUACCAUUUCACAUUUUUAUGACUUUUCUUAUUUGAUGCAAGAAAGAAUCAGAGAGCCAGGUUUUACUCUUCUGUAAUAAACUGCCAUUAUUUGUCACAUGCAAUCUGCUCUCAGCACUUAGAGACAGGCUUGUGAGUUUUCUAUGCACCUAUGAAGAGGUUGAUACUAGGCCUGUAGAUCUGUGUUUUGUUACAUUUGCAAGCAUUGUAUAUUUAAAAACAGAUAUAUUGUAGGCCUAUAUUCAUUUACUUUUGUUUCAUUUUGACUUUUGUGCAGAACCCCUUAAAUACUAAUUUGAUUUGCAGUGGGAAGUGCAGUUUUGAUUGCCUACUUUACCAUCCAUAUAUUAUUCACGUCUUGAGUUAACUAACUUAAUACUUAAGUUGCUUGUCAUUUGAGGUCCUUAUUUCAUAGCCAGCUGUAGUUACGACAAAGAUCAAACAUAUACAUAUGUGUUGUAUGAUUGUUGUAAAGAAAGUAUUUAAUAAAUGCAUUGCAAUAGGCCAAA